ACAGACACACGCUACUUACGUCGCUACUCGCUCGUGACUUCGAAGCAUUCCUGUAAAGUCUGUAAGCCUCUCUCUCUGUCUCUACGCUUCAUGAUCACACGGCACGGGUCUGGGACAGUGUAAAAGGCGCGCGGAAAGAGCAUACAAGUCGGCUCUCCAGUGGCAACGAUUUGUCAGCUUGAGACCUCCUCGACACCGUGGUAGUGGUCAUAAACGAGGAACAUAGGGAAAUCAAAGGGGGCGUCAAUUCAUCCGCCGCCGGUCUCAUCACACGAUCAAACAACGGCCGUGAGCGUCUCAAAGCUCUGAGCUGUGGGUUAAGCCAAGUCUGAUCAUUGGGACCUAUCCGUCACCUCCCUAUAUUUCAACAUGAGGGAGUCAAACUACUCGUUCCCGCCUCAUAAUCGGGCUGUGCUGUCCAUCACCCAUCUGUUGUACGAUAGAAGAGCUCUCGACACGAACAGUCCUCUUGCCAUUCUCAAUAAUCUCACUUCUCUCACAUACCUCACAUCGACUUCUCCUCGCAUCCGUGAUAUCCUCACGCUCGAUGGCGGCCUCGAGCGUCUUCUGGAUAUCUUGCGUAAUUCCUGUCUUCCGCGAGAAGCUCAACGUGGCCAAGAUCUCUGGGGUCUCAAUGGUCCACCGACAUCCCGCGUGAUCAGUGUGGAUCGACAGGUCUUUCUCCGCCAUAGUUUGGCCUUCCAAUGCGUAGUCAACAUCGGAGUCAGAGGGAGCGAAGCUAUUCGUACCCGUGUAGUUCAAGCUGGCGCUUUGGAUCUAGUCGCUCAAAUCCUCGAAAGCUGGCUGGUCUAUCAUGGCAUAGGCACUUUUGCAGGACCUACAGGGAGUCAAAUGGCAAUCACAGCGCUUAAAGCUGGUAUUCCUGUGCCUGGAACUGAAGGCCAGCGUCGAAUGACACGAUUCUCGAACUCUCGUUUCGCUCAAGCUGUCUCUACUACCGCUGCAAGAUCCACUUCCUCCAUCUCAAGCUUUGUCGGAUCGCUCACUGGUCGUAACAACCCUCGAGAGUCAGCUGCGCCCGACCCGACACCUGAGUAUCGCGCAGCCAGCGUCGAACCGGCGCGAACGAACGACACGGAUGUAGACAUGGCGGAUGGUGAGGCCGACGAAGGUACGGACAUCGCGUCCGUGGACCCGGGAGAUGACAGUAUGGAGAUUGAUGAUGGGUCAAGAGAGGAGGAAACGCCGGAAGCUCGAGCUGGACCUUCUAUGACGCCGCGCCCGCCCGUCUCCCUUGCUCCGUCUUAUGGCACAUCGUCACGAUCCACCUCGCGAGAUCGACAUGUCGAAAGCCAAGCUUCGAGUAUCACCAACUCGGUUUCUGGUGACGAGCUUUCUGGUCGUAUUCCCCGUGCCACUUCUGAGAACAAUCUUGGAGCCGCCGUAGCUUCGGGAUCGACCGCUCGACCGCCUCAUCUCAAUCUUGGCGGCACGAGAUUGCCAGCACUGGGGCAAGAUUCCAUCAGUAAUCAGUCGAGCCCGAUGGGAACGCCAAUACGACAAGAUGACGGAGAGAUCUUGCGUGCGCCUGGUAGAAGAGGCACGAUCGUCGGCCGACCUGUCAACGUCACCCUCGCACCGAGGAACGAGAGACGGCGAGAAGCUGGUGAUGGGGGCAGUGGGACGUCUGAUGUGGGAGAAGAUGUCGAUCUCCCGACAGCUACCAUCGCUGCUGGUAUAGCGGCCGCAAACGCUCAAGCCAUGGAGAGUGGUGGUACGGUCGUUCCGGACGAGCCUGGACCACCUCCCAAUGUUGAAAUCGUGGAGAAUCUGGCCAGUGCUGUGCCCGAAGAUCCCGAUCCUGAAAUGGUGGAGGCUGAACAAGCUAGACUCGACAUGGAAGCUGGUGCACCUCCUGGCCAGCCUGGAGCAGCGCAGACGCCUCGUGUCCCGCCAGCCGAGAAUGCCGCACCUCAGCAAGCACCUGAUGCUGCUGUGCCCCCGGGUCAAAUCAUCAUUGCAAACGGCGCACCUAGAGGUUUCCACGAUCUCGGCAGUUAUGUGGGGAUCUCCUCUUUGCUCAAUCCCGACGGCGAUCGAUACUCUGAUGACAGUAUCCUGCUCGCACUGCAACUGCUUGCAUACCUGUCGAAAUACCCACACGUUCGAUCCGCUUUCCACCAUCCUCGUCGACCCAUGCACCCGACCUUCGACCUUUCACCAGCUCCAAACUCUCAACCGCUACCUCAACGUCCGGCGACAUCCCUCACUCCCAACAUGUUCUCCUUGGUCGAGCGAUUCACUUUCCGACCGACCCCUUCUGAUCCCUUGCUUUAUGUGAUCCCCGACGAGAUUCAAUACUGGGCCGGUGUCAUCAUGCGAAACGCAUGUCGCAAGGAUGAAGCGAGAAACGGUAUUCGACAAUGCGCGCACAUGCCGUGUGGCAAGUGGGAAGAAUACGCCAGAGAAUUCGCCAAAUGUAGACGGUGUCGUAAGGCCAAGUACUGCAGCAAAGAGUGUCAAAGUAAAGCUUGGUCGGAAGGACACCGGUUCUGGUGUAACACGCGGAGUGACGAGCCUCCACCUGGGGUCGCAGCGGCUACUGGACAAGGACAGACGGGACAAGAUCACAUUAAUCCGAAUACGCAUGGUGCAGAACCUGACGAUGAUGAUCUGGAUGCUGAAUUUGCCCACGCCGAUCUACCUGGUCACCUCGUCGCUCGGGUCCGGGCAGCUCGUGAAGGUGAUCGACGUGGCCCGGGAGGAGCAGUGGGUGGAGGCGGACGGAUCGGAGGCGGAACCAUCGAUCCGAAUGUUACGGCUGUUGAGUUACCCAUCGACUUUCAACAAAAUCUACUACAGGAAGCUCUCGGUACGAGGACAGCGCCAAUGGGUCAGGGUGUACCUGCUCCAUUGAGAAGACCACCAACUCAACCUCAAGCACGAGAUGCGAGAGUGCCAAUGCCAAUACCACUCAGACCGGCUCAACCACCGCCGGCGCCAGGGACAGCUAGAGGAACUGAGAGCUAUGUCCGACCUCCCACCGCUCUGAGAGCUGCCCCUCCCUCAGAUCCCUCAGCUAGGACCAGACCGCGUGGAAGGCCAGGGGAUGGAACUCAGCCAUGAGAACACAGAGAAGCUUGAAAUGUCUAUUCAGGAGGGUGUCUGGGGAACACAUGUUCACGUACGUGUCAUACAUGUAUAUGAUCCAUAGGGCUACGUAGUGGAGCGGUUGAUUGUAUCCUGUCUGUCAUGUCUGCAUCCUAAACAUUGCGUUUGAGUGGGCAAAGGGCAACUGUGAACGAUAAAGCAUUUUACGUUAUUUUGCGGGGCUCCAGUGGCAACGAUCGAGAAAGUUCGAGAUAUCUCUGGCAACGAUGAAACAUCAAUUGUCCAUACCUUAUUAUACUGUCUGACGACCAGGUCCUAAGCUCUCCUCAAGACAUGACACAUAAGCGACAUCUCUUCACCUGAAGGUCUGAGUAUCCUGUACAUCAGCCGAGAUCGCCACCAAUUUGACUGUUACCUAGAUAAGACAGCCAAAAAUGAUACCACGCAAGCAGCUUGUCAGAUUAGCCAAGACG